AUGGAAUGUAGUAAUGUUGGAUCUGGGGGUCUUGUUUUCAAGAGCAAAAAAGAAUUGCUCGGUUGGGUACGGGACGUUGGAAGGAAAAAUAGGUUUGUGAUUGUCAUCAAGACAUCGGACUAUGGUGGUGGUCAUAGGACACCAAGGAUAUAUCUUGCCUGUGAGAGAAGUGGUCAAUACAGAGCUCAUAAGAAAUUAAAAGGAGAUGAUUCAAAUAAAAAAAUUGUGAAGAUAACGGGUACAAAAAAAUACUGGUGUCCUUUUGAGUUGAGGGCUCGUAAGUUGAUGGCUGAUGAUGAUUGGAUGAUAGAUGUAACAUGUGGAAUGCAUAACCAUGCUCCUGCUAAACAUUUUGAAGGGCAUUCAUUUGCAAGGAGUUUAUUUGAGGAGGAAACAUCAUUAUUAGUGGAUAUGUCCAAAAGCAUGGUCAAACCAAAAGAGAUUUUGGUUACAUUGAAACGAAAGGAUGCUUUGAAUGUAAUCACUAUGAAAACCAUUUACAAUGUACGUCAUGGGAAUAAUGUUAUUGAGAAAGCUGGGAGAUCACAAAUGCAACAUUUGUUGGGUGAGUUAGGAAAGCAUAAUUACAUUGAGUGGCAUAGGUGUGACAACAAUACGAUGACUGUCACAGACUUGUUUUGGGCACAUCCUGUCAGUUUAGAUUUGCUCCGUUCAUUUCCAAAGGUGUUGAUCAUGGACUGCACAUAUAAGACAACUUGA